ACAACACACAAAGGACUAAAUGCUGGCUGCAUCUUCCAGCAGCGGGGCUCUAUCCUCUUCCUCCUCCAGCUUUGAUCCUUUACAGCUACGCUAUACGCAUGUACGGCAGGACAUUGCAUGCAGCUGUAUAUCACAUCUCAGGAAUACCGGCCUGACCGCCCUCCUCCCCCUCCUCUGCCCCCUGCAUCCCCUCCUCCUGCUCAGCCGGCUCGUUAAGACGGUGUAUGAGAACACGGCUCGAGCCCUGAGGAGGGUUUUUUGUUGUUUUACUGGGAGCCGGUGUUGCCACACGGGUAGUGAAUUUCUUUCUCAUCUUCUGAUGCAUUUGUGUAGCAAGAGGUACAGGAGCCGCUUCCGUUCUUUUUCUAUUUUUGUCGGUGUCUUUAUUCACCCUGCUGCACAUCACUAUACCAACAGUUUCCCCUGAUCUGUUCCUGGAAACCCCCCUGGUGCCCUCUCUACCUGCAAUACCAUCAGCGAGAGUUGGCCCCACCUCUCAGAAGCCCAAGAGGCGCAGCAGCAGAAGUGACAGCGCUGCCAGGCCCCGUCCGUCGUGCUCAGCCCUCAGGCCAGGCCCCAGCAGAGGCAGCAUGGAGGUUGGCAUGCGCGUGGUGCGUGGCCUGGACUGGAAAUGGGGAAACCAGGAUGACGGCGAAGGCCACGUGGGCACUGUAGUGGAGAUCGGUAGGCAGGGAAGCACAACCACACCAGACAAGACAGUGGUGGUACAGUGGGACAGUGGCACACGGACCAACUACCGCACCGGUUACCAGGGUGCCUUCGACCUGCUGCUUUACGAUAAUGCUCAAAUCGGUGUACGUCACUCUAACAUCAUCUGUGACAGCUGCAAGAAGCAUGGCAUCAUGGGAAUGCGUUGGAAGUGCAAGGUGUGCUUCGACUACGACCUGUGCACCCAGUGCUACAUGAACAAUAAGCAUGACCUGGGCCACGCAUUUGAGCGAUACGAGACGGCGCACUCCCAGCCAGUAAGCUUGGCACCGAGGCAGAACCUCCCACGGAUCAUCCUCAAAGGAAUCUUCCAGGGGGUUAAAGUGGUUCGUGGACCUGACUGGGACUGGGGCAACCAAGACGGUGGGGAGGGUAAGGUUGGGAAGGUAGUGGAUAUUCGCGGCUGGGACACAGAGUCUGGUCGCAGUGUGGCUAGUGUCACAUGGUCUAAUGGCACCACCAAUGUCUACCGUAUGGGCCACAAGGGGAAGGUAGACCUGAAAUAUGUGUCUGACGGCCAAGGAGGCUUCUAUUACAAAGAUCACCUACCAAAGCUUGGAGAGCACGCAGAGCUGCAGCGGCAGGAAAGUGCUGACGGCCACUCCUUCGUGCAGGGCGACAAGGUCAAAUGUCUCCUGGAGGAGGAGAUUCUGCGACAGAUGCAGGAGGGCCACGGAGGAUGGAAUCCCAAAAUGGCAGAUUACAUUUGUCGGAUCGGGACAGUUCAUAGAAUCACUGACCGAGGAGAUGUCAGAGUCCAGUACAGCAACAACAUCCGCUGGACCUUCCAUCCUGGGGCUCUCACCAAGGUGAACACUUUUGGAGUUGGUGAACUCGUACGAGUGUUGGAGGAUAUGGACAGUGUGAAGAGAUUGCAGGCUGGCCAUGGAGAGUGGACAGACAGCAUGGCUCCUGUGCUUGGCCAGGUUGGGAAGGUGUUGAAAGUUUAUGCAGAUGGUGACCUACGGGUGGCGUUUGGAGCUCAGACGUGGACGUUUAAUCCAGCUUGCCUUUCGGCACAGCCCGUGGAGGUGGAUGCCAACCUCAUGACAGCCGAGAACCACAGCGAAUCUGGAAGUACUGUCAUCUCAGUUUUGGAGAAGCUACUGUCUCAGUCCACAGAGCAGGACAACCCCAGUCGGUUGGUCAUUGAGGCAGCGCACGGCAGUGCCAACAAAGUGCGGGAAUUGGUGCAGAAAUACCCUGACAAGGUGGAUAUAAAGAACCAGGGUAAGACUGCACUGCAGGUUGCUGCUCAUCAAGGCCACAUGGAGGUGGUGAAGGCCCUGCUGCAGGCCAACGGCUCCAUCGAGGUCAAGGAUGAAGAUGGAGACACGGCAUUGCACUACACUGCCUUUGGUAAUCAGGCAGAGAUCGCACGCCUGCUGUUGAGCAAGGGGGCAAAUGUCAACCUCCGGAACAACUCCAUGUGCACAGCGCUCCACAUUGCUGUCAACAAGGGCUUCACUGACGUGGUGCGGGUGCUGACUGAACAUUCAGCUGAUGUCAAUCUCCAGGAUUCAUAUGGGGACACACCUCUACAUGAUGCCAUCGCUAAAGAUUUCCGCAAUAUCAUUGAGAUCCUGGUUUUGGUGCCCAACAUUGACUUCACUCAGCAGAACCACAGAGGCUUCAACCUUCUGCACCAUGCUGCCCUCAAAGGAAACAAAUUGGCCGUAGAGAAGAUCCUGGCCCGAGCGCGGCAGCUAGUGGACGUUAAGAAGGAGGAUGGCUUCUCAGCACUGCAUCUGGCCGCGCUCAACAACCACAGAGAUGUCGCAGAAAUGCUCGUCAAGGAGGGACGCUGUGACAUCAACAUCCGCAACAACCGUAAUCAGACGCCACUGCAGCUGGCAGUGACUCAGGGCCACACCGAGCUGGUGCAGCUUCUGGUGGCCGAGAGCGCUGACGUCAACAUGGAGGACGAGGAUGGUGACACGGCCAUGCACGUGGCCCUUCUUCGUCCGCAGCUGGCCAACAUUAUGCUCAACCCUACUGUGGGAACCAGCAGCACUGAGGAGAGCAGUGAGGGCUGUUCUUCCACGUCGCUGUACUGCAGGCUGAGUGCUUCAGGUCUUCUGGGGAAUACUGAGCUGAGUGUCGGGGCGGCGAUGGCCUGUUUUCUAGCACAGGAAGGGGCUGACAUCAACUAUGCCAACCACAAGGGCAAGAGUCCACUGGACCUUGUUUCAGACACUACAAUGCUGCAGGUCAUCAAGAGCUUUUCUGAGAAGCACAGGUUGCAGCGUCUACAGGCCAUCACAUGUGGACAGGGCCUGAGCAGUGCAAGCAUGCGGCGGGUCCACACUACACCCAACACCAUGACCAACCUGGUUCUCCCUACACCGCCGGGACCCAGUGAAUGCCUCAUCUGCUCUGAGCUGGCUCUGCUGGUUCUCUUCUGCCCCUGCCAGCACAGCGUGGCCUGUGAAGAAUGUGCCCAUCGAAUGAAGAAAUGCAUCAAAUGUCAAGUCACAAUCACUAAGAAAAUUAGACAAGACCAAACAGAGGUGGACUGCAGCCCUGGAAAUGAGAACUCUGAGCAGCACAACCUGCUAGAGCAGCUGCAGUCCCGUUACCGCCAGAUGGAGGAGCGCAUCACCUGCCCCAUCUGCAUCGACAACCACAUCAAGCUGGUCUUCCAGUGCGGACAUGCCUCCUGCAUCGACUGCAGUGCUGCGCUCAAGACCUGCCCGAUCUGCCGGCAGACCAUCCGGGAGCGGAUCCAGUUGUUCGUCUGAGCUUCUCUGUUUCCUCAGCUCUUAACGGCCAGAACUGGGAUAUCCGAGGAGGCUGGAAAGGAGUGAGGGUGAGGAUGUGAGGGGGGACGCAGCCAUUUCCUUUUGAAGACCCAGAAACCUGUGUCUGACUGUCACACCCUCCUGCUCAUCCUCACCACACACGAUCAAUUACUCACUCUGUCCGUGUUGCUUUACUAUAAGACGCUGUGUUACAUCGUCCUCUGUUUGUUACAUUUUGCGUAGUUUCCCUCUCUCGAGCAGCGCAGGCAGGAAAGCGUUGAUUAUGUUAACUGUUUUGUUGCCGUCAGUUCUGGUUCUCCCGUUGAGCUCAACAGGAAGUGGACAAGGAGAAGUUACCACGUUGAUAACACUGGUAAGCGUGGAGAAGGAGGUCCUCAACAUCCUCAUCUCCGCCUCCUCUAAUCUGUCCAAUCUUUGCUGCUUUAAGGGGAUGUCUGUUACCUAUCAUCCUCUCUGGCUGUCUGCCCUCCUCUGUUUACAAGGCUGCACAGAAUCAGUCCCCAUGUUCUGGCCCCCUUGGCCUGUCCUGUGAAUUCUGUUUGCUCUCAUUUGUAAUAAUCUCUUAAUAAUCAGUGUUAGUCUCUGCAGAGGGAGUUGCUAUAACUAAAGGCUCUCUUCAUGUUCCCCAGCCACUCGCUGUAUGCGAGGGGAAAUACACACUAUAUAUGCAUGAGUAUAUGCAUAUUGUAAAGCUGAAAAUGACUGUGUCGUCAUGGGUGAUUUGUUGUUGUUGUUGUUUUAUUUCUCUCUCGUUACAUUUGUGGUUUUUAAUGUACGGAUAAGUACAGAGUUUUAUUUAUGUGUGAAAGGUGGUGUUACUUAGUAAUGUCCUUUUCUCUGUUGGUGUUUGCUUGGCAAAUGUGUUAUUGUUUCUACUGAAAUU